GGAAAGGAAGAAGAAAACUCCCAAGUGUCAUUGUCUGAUUGACAAAUUGUAUCUGGAACUGUUUUUAUCAAACAUUUACAUGCUCUGAGUAGAAUGAACAUCCUAUAUUUUCUCUUUUCACACCUACGGCUCUCAUUUAUGCUAAUCUAGCUAUUAUGGAUGGAUUAGGUUCGCCAUCCCAGUGGCUGAGGGAGCUGAGAUGGGACUCCCAGGGCUUAAAUCCGAUAAGCCUUCUUAUUGACUGUGCCAAAUGUGUUGCAUCUGGAAGCAUCAAGAAUGCAGAUAUUGGCCUUGAGUACAUAUCUCAGAUUUCAUCUCCUGAUGGUAAUGCAGUGCAAAGGAUGGUCACUUAUUUCAGUGAAGCACUUGGUUACAGGAUAAUAAAAAAUUUGCCUGGUGUAUAUAAGUCUCUCAAUCCAUCAAAAACAUCAUUAUCUUCUGAAGAUAUCCUUGUUCGGAAAUACUUCUAUAAACUGUGUCCAUUUUUGAAGUUCUCAUACCUGAUCACAAACCAUGCCAUUGCUGAGGCCAUGGAGUGCGAAAAGGUGGUUCACAUUGUUGAUCUUCACUGUUGUGAGCCAACUCAAUGGAUAGAUCUUCUACUAACUUUCAAAAACCGUCAGGGAGGUCCACCCCAUCUGAAAAUUACAGGAAUUCACGAGAAGAAAGAAGUAUUAGACCAAAUGAACUUUCAUUUGACAACUGAAGCUGGGAAAUUGGAUUUUCCUUUGCAGUUCUAUCCUGUUGUUAGCAAACUGGAAGAUGUUGACUUUGAGAAGUUGCCUGUAAAGAUAGGAGAUGCUCUUGCAAUCACUUCUGUUCUUCAGCUGCAUUCUCUUCUUGCCACUGAUGAUGAUAUGGCAGGGAGGAUCUCACCGGCUGCGGCAGCAUCUAUGAAUGUGCAGAGAGCACUGCAUAUGGGUCAAAGGACUUUUGCAGAGUGGCUUGAGAGAGAUAUGAUCAAUGCAUAUACCUUGAGUCCUGAUUCUGCUUUGUCACCGCUUUCCUUGGGUGCCUCACCUAAGAUGGGGAUCUUUCUCAAUGCUAUUAGAAAACUUCAACCAAAACUAGUAGUGAUUACUGAACAAGAAUCAAAUCUGAAUGGUUCCAAUUUGAUGGAGAGAGUUGAUAGAGCAUUGUACUUUUACAGUGCAUUGUUUGACUGCUUGGACUCUACUGUUAUGAAAACAUCAGUAGAGAGGCAAAAACUUGAGAGCAAGCUUCUUGGAGAGCAGAUAAAGAACAUCAUUGCUUGUGAGGGUGUUGAUAGAAAGGAGAGACAUGAGAAACUCGAGAAAUGGAUUCGAAGACUUGAAAUGGCUGGUUUUGAAAAGGUACCUUUGAGCUACAAUGGGAGGUUAGAAGCAAAGAAUCUGUUGCAGAGAUAUAGUAAUAAAUACAAAUUUCGAGAAGAGAAUGAUUGUUUACUUGUCUGCUGGAGUGACAGACCAUUGUUUUCUGUAUCAGCUUGGAGUUUUAGGAGAUGAAUGUUCAUAUAUGUGCUGGAAUAUGAAGAAUCCCUUGCAUUGCCAUGGAUUUCAAGAAGUUGAAAAUGAAGUAAUCAACAAGACAAGAAGAUGGAUCGAUUUUUAUUUUCAUCUUUCUUUCUUUUCUAGGGUUUAACUGUUUCUAAUUUCUAUGUAUAAAGGGUUUUAUGUUUUUGUUCUCUAGAACAGCUGGGUGAUUUGAAAUAGCCAAACAACAAAUCCAUCUUGUAUUGCUGUUGAUGUUAA